AUGGCUCUUGGGGAAGUGGUGGGCUCAAAUUCACUCAAUGCGGUGAUGAUGGUGGGCGAGUACCGGUGGAAGAACGGCGUGCUGGUGCCAUUUGAGCAUACUUCCCAUGAGAAUUUUAGUGGGUCAUCAAGAAAUAUUGGGCCAGAAGGCAAAGUGGGCCAAAGCAGUCAACUUGUCCAUGGCGGGCUAAGGGAAGAGGUUGCUACCCAACCUAAGGCCCUGAGGAUCCAAGUUUUGGUAAAUUUUUCUUAUGGUGCCACUGAAAAGGAAUUGGGUAAGCGAAAGUGGAAGACAGGAGUGAGAGGAGUGCAGUUAUCUACUGCGCGCCAACCUCACCAACCUUUGGCUCAAGAAGAAACUCUACAAACCUUGUUUUCUGGGGUUUCAGGGCGGAAAAGAGUAAUACGGAAGACGAUGGAGACUUUGGAGGUUGAAGGGAGGAAGAGGAGGAAAUCUGCAACUUUAAUCAAGGAAGGAGAAAAGGCUACAAUACCAGUGACGGGGUCAGCAAUACUACCCUGUCACUCAUCAUGA